AGGGUCUCCGGGGAGAGGUGUUCGCGACGCCCCCUUGGCGCCUUCCCGCGCAGUGACGUCACUGUGGCGGGGCAGCGCGCGGAGGGGCCCGGACCAGCCAUGCGCAGCAAGCGGCUCAUCCCCGAUGCCUUCCCGGCCGUGAAGAGGCCGCGGCGGGACUGCGCAGCCAAGGCCCCGGGGGCAGGGCCCGCCGAGGAGCCCCGCGCCGCCCCGGCCCCGGCCCCACUCGACCUGCUCAAGCGCUUCGACCUCAGCCCCGAGUACGGGCCCUGCACCGGGAUCACGCGCCUGCAGCGCUGGGAGCGGGCGGCGGCGCUGGGCCUGAGCCCCCCGGACGCGGUGCGAGAGGCGCUGCUGCAGCACGGCGAGGACCCCCGCGUCACCUACAGUCUCUGGCACGAGUACCCGCUCUGAGGGGGAAGUGCGAGGGGCCUGAACAGCUCAUGAUAUGAAGUGGAAGGGGGACCCUGCGCUGGUGCCCAGCCCCCACAGCGAGUGCUUUGGAUCCUGAGUGGAAAGCGGCUUCGCUCCAGCAUUAGGCAGAGGAUUCUCAUUCCCAGUGCUUUGGGGGAGGAGCGGGAGGGGGCUUUGCCAAGGGCAUGGUGUGUCCAGGGACACUGCAGGGGUGCCUAGUGCAGCCUUGCUUUCAGCAGUCCAGCACCCUGCUGUGUUUGGUGCUGUCCACUUUCCCAACAGCCCUUGGCGUGUGUGUUUUGGAUUAAAUGCUUGUGUGAGAGCCA